AAGAGUUUCACUAAACGCGGAAGAAAAAAAAUCUUAGAACUCAACUUUUCCAAUGUGUCAACUCCUGACAAAAACACUCUUGACAUCCUAGUUCAUGAAUACAUUAUGUAGUCGUAUUCAUCAGGUUGAAUGCCAGGUAAAUAACAGUUAUUCCACCCUCCUUAAUUACUAAAGAAAAAGGCUUAAACAUAAUAAGCUAAUAAUGUACCGUAGGCCUAAAUGUCUGAAGACGCGUAAGCCGCAGUGGGAUGAGUGGCAGUUGAGUUGACUCGGUUGAGUUGAGUUAGGAGUGCCCAAUUUAUUAUGUGUUAGUAUUUUAUAUAAAUAUAAUAAUUUAGAUAGUAAAUUUACUAUCAAUUAAGAUACCAGCCGUAAUUGAAUUAAAUGGGGCCAAAGUUAGGGCUUAGAAUUUUAUGUAUCAAUAAUUAUUAAUUAAUGAUAAUGUUGAUUGGGACAAUUUGAAUGAUGAAAUAAUGAAGGGAAUGUGAUUGAUUCAUAAUUUUUUAUCAUAAUUUACCAUAAAUUCAGUGUUUAGAUUAAUCUUAGUAAAUUUAUAGAUCUUAUAGUUAUAUAGCCUACUUAUAAGAGUUCUAUGUCUCAUACGAUUAUGAUUACUAUCCAGCUAUUAUUGGGUAGGGCUGCUUUGAUUGUGUAGGCUAAUCUAAGAAGGCCAUCACAGUGAAUUUGAACUUCAAGCUUCCUUUGUAUUUAGUUACAAUACAAAUGUAACACCAUUAAUAAAGCUUGAUGAUUUUUCACUCAUAAAGUUGAUUGGAAAUGAAGAAAUUACAGUGUUUAUUUAAUUUACUCUGAAUCAAUUAUUUUUCAUUGCCUUAAAAAAUACAGCUUAGAAAAAAAAAUGAAUGCUCAAAUAUUUUUUGUCUUUUGUGAAAGGGAUAAGAUGUGACUCUCACUGAGUAAAAAUUGAUUAUGAAAAUGUUAUAAUUCUAAAACAGAGCUGUAUGGAAAAUAUACUUCAAGUUUAACACAAGAAAAUAUUUCUUUUUUGCUUUAGCCAACUGUGUUGGAAAUGAAUUCUGAAAAUAAAAAGAAAACACAUCAAAUCACUCUUCUUGUUUUCUUCACCUCCAUUGUUUGUGCUGUGGCGGUUGUGAAUUAGAUUAAAGAUGAAAAAAUUAUUUUAUUUGAACUUCAUUUGACGACCUGAAACCUGGAGCUGGAAAUUUGUUUGAAAGAAAUUUCGUCGGCAGAAAAUUGAUCGAUGGAAGUUUGAUUGAACAGAAAUUCGAUAGAACAGAAGUUUGGUUGAAUUUUAUUUUCAGUUCACACUAUCUAAUUUUGGUUCAAAUUUCUUUUUGAACGCAUUAUUUUGUUUUUACUAUAUAGUAUAGUGCGUUAAAAAAAAUAGAUGCUAUAAUCUAUCAAUUUUCUGUCGACAAAAUUUCUUUCAAACUUUUUCCAGUAAUCCUUGAAACCAUUCCACAGACAAAAGGUAUGGAAAAACUUCUUUAUAAUUCAUGUUUCUUGUAUAAUUGUAUUACCAAUAUAUAUAUAUUCCUGACAGUCAAUUGUUAAAGGCAUGAUGCCUAAAAUCCUCAUGAUUUUCACAAGAUGAGUAAUGACCUAAAGAAAGGGUUUCUCCAAAAGUAUAAGUUAGAUAACUACUCAAGAGCCAUACCAACCAACGUUCUGUCCGACAAAACAGUAAGUGCAUUCUAAUGUUUUUUUCUGAACUUUUUCAUAUAGAAAGUAAAAAAUUUGGCCUGCAUUUUUUCUUGGAAGAUUUUGGUGCAUUAUCUUAAGUUAAGAAAAAAAUGUGAUUAAAAAUAGUUUCUAAUAUUAGUCACCGUCCCUUGACAUCACAUGGCUGGGGAUAGAAGUUCUUUGGAAUGAAACAUAAAGCUUAAAGUGCAACUUAUUUAAUUUGUUACCAUAAUUUAUUUAAGAGCAUGAAUAUAAUACAUCAUUUGCUAUCAUAAUUUCCUGAUAGUGUGAAUUUAAUAUCUCAUUUAAUAACAUUAGCUACUAAGAGCAGAAAUAAAAUUACAUUUAGUAGAAUGCCAAUUUACUCACUCUUGAAGUAAAAUUACUAUUACUUUCAGCUUUCUAAUUUCAAUUUUUUUCCCUUAGAACCAAAUGAGAAUUCAUUUCUACAUUCAAAUAGUACUCACACCAUUUUAAGCAUGAUUUAUUUUCAAAACAGUUUAGGUGGGGAGGGGAGCGUUGUUUUGUUUGUUGACAUGUCAUUUUGGGUUGAAUUUUUGUGAUCAGUCAAAGGGAGUGCCCAAACCCCAUUUAAAACCAUGUGACUUCAAUUGUUGGAUGUCCCUCUAUGUGAUAUAGAUGUACCUUUAGAAAAUAAUCUAAGCAAUGUUUUCACCUUUAAAUAAAUCAUUUGGGGCCCAUUAAAUUAUUAUUUUUCAUUGUCAAAAAGAAGCUUUUCUUUAAUUAGUUAAAGAUUUUUUACUUAUUAAUUUUAUGAUAUUUCAAUGAUAUUGGUAACGCUAUUAGAUCGUUUUUGUUGUUUUCCCGAAUUUCAGGCCACUUUAGGUGAAUAUUGUGAACCCGUUGAUUCUCGGAAACUAAAGGCAUCGGUGGAUGAGGAUUACAAUUCUGAUCCAGACUACAGAUAUGCUCAGCCUCAUGGUAGGUACUUCUUGUUAACUAGAUUUUUACAUCCAAAUGUAUUAUUUAUUUUAAUAAUUCUUAUCAAGAUCCUUCAAGCUGAAGUACAUUUAUUAUAUAAAAAAGUAUGAAAGCUGUGUAACGGACAAUGUUUUCACAUGAAAACAGAGAGGUAGCAUGAGUGAACAGUGAAUGGUGUUGACCAUGCUUUGUCCACGAGGACAAUGAAUUGUAUUUUGAGAGGACAAUGUGAGCUCCACGUUUUUGGAGAGUAAAACUAUGUUUUUGUCAGAGCGGUUGUUUUCCACGCUUUGCUGGUAAUAAAAGUAUGAGUUGUCUGGGAUAGUCAGAGCUGAGCGUGGAGCAGUAGAGAACAGUAGAGCUAGGAGAGCUGUGUGAUUAGGCAGUUGAGCUGAGUUAUAGUAGUGUGAGGACGUGUCUUUCUGAAUGGUAGAAUACUAUAUAUAUGUGUGAAAUUAUUUACAUUCAUGCAAGGAUUACUAUUAUUAUCAGUGUCAAGUGUUUUCAAUAAAGUACUGUAAGGUUUAACCGGAAUUGAGCAUUCUUCUUUGCGUGCCUGGAUAACAAGUGGAAGAAUGAAUAAGUCUUAGUCGGCAUCCUGAACAUAAGUAACCAUACUACUGACAUAACCCACAGCAUAAGAAAUAAGAUCCCACGCCAUGUCGGAGUAGAUGUGUUACAAGCUGCAACAUAGAAGUACAUAUCUCAUGUCUUUUAAUAAAUGAUAAUGUAAACAUAAUUUUAACAAUGGAGAAGAUUGACACAAUACAAGUUUGCUAGGAUGUUAUGAAAUAUAUUGGUGAAUGAAUAGUUUUUUAGUUAUUUUACACAUAGGCUAUUUUUGAUUUAUCACACACUUCAAAUAUUUUUUUCUGCAUUGGUUCUUCUUUAGUUCAUUAUGGAAAUGUUGAUCAAAAAAUCACUUUAAAGCUUUCUUUAAAUAGAUGCCAUUCACUUGGAAAAAGGAAUACCAUCUAAAUUAGAAGAAGAUGACAAAAGUGCGUACAAACUGGCAAAGCUUCCUAAUGAUAAUCAUAAUGUGACAUCCACACGCAAGCCAUCUCCAAAACCAAGAUCAGCAAAGCACAGACACCAAGGGCCUGAAGAUUCUCCUUGUCUCCUAAAAGAUGAGGACAGACUAAGUUCAUCUCAAAUUUCUCCAAUUUCUGAGUCUGUGCUGAAAGACAAACAAAAAUACAAAAUGUCAUCUUCUCAUGAGCCUCAAAAGCGACCAGGCAAGAAGGUUGUAGAGAUAGAAUAUGAAGUAGCGUCUGCCAUUUCUUCAAAUCAAGUAGAUGCAACCAAAGCAAAAAAAAAAAUUGCCACCACCAGGAGUGAGAGCCAUACCAGCAUUAAUCCCAGCAAUAAGAAAUCCCAUCUGUCCCAACCAGAAAUGAAUAUUUCUAAGGUUUCAUCAAAAACCACACAACAGCCACGACAGGACUUUGUGUAUAGCAUGGGCAAACCUCCUGGUGCUGGGGAAGAAGUCACAUAUGAGGAACCAUGGGACUUGAAAAUGAAAAGGUUGAAACAGGAGCAAGAGAGAAAAGAAAAAGAGAAUGCUAAAAAAGCUGAGCCACAAAUUCCAGCUGUGAAGAAAGUUGCUUCAGUAUAUGAAGAUGCUCGAGACAGUCUCCAAAGUAACAAGAGCUGUGACAGAAGUAUAUCCCAAACAUCAGAGACUGAAGUCUUCCUCGAUGCAUUGGACAAUGUUCAAAGUCAGAAGGUAGGGAUCUGAUGCAAACUUCAUCAUUUUGUCUCCUUUUUUUCUAUAUUUUUAAAAUUAUAUUAAUUUUUGUUGUUGUACUAAUUAAAGCAUUUGCUGAAGCAUUUGAAUUUGAAAAUUUUCUAAUCAAAAUGAAACUAACAUAUAUCGUUUUAUUUACAUAUAAUUUUUUGUGUCUCAUUAUUAUACAAAGACGUAACGACGUUUAAUUUUUUUUUUUUGUUUUUUUUUUUUGCAAACCUCUUAUAGGUUAUAGAAAUCUGGUUUUAAACCCCUUAUCACCUUUUUACAAUGCAUUUUCAACUGUUCCACACAGUGAGGUCAGAUUAACAAAUUUUAUAAGAUUGUAAGCAAUAACUGAAAUCUGUUUUUAGAACCGUCAAAGCAUCUCUCAUUUUGAUAAAACAUUUUGGCUCCAAUGCUUGACCCCCAUGCAGUAUGUGGUUGUGAUCCAGCAUGUGGUAUGUUACACACGUAGACACAUGAAGCGAGUAUUAGCGUGUACCCAUUUUAAACAUUAAGCAGAAUGUUUAUUAUAUGAAAUUUCUUUAAUUUACUAAAUGAUAAUUUUAAAAAUAAUUACAGACAUAUAUCAUUAAACAAAUUAAUUUGAUUAACAUUUCAAAUUAUUAACAACCUGUUAUCAGCUUCUAAAGUCCUGGUUAUUUAAGCUCAUAUAUUUCAGGUGAUCAUUAGGGGUAGGUUGAUCUAGGCCUUUUUUUUUUUCAUUUUUCUUUUACAAAAUUUAAUUAAUAAAAGCCCCUUUUUAAAUUUAUUUGGGGGGGGGGGGUUAUACUUUUUAGAGUGGACCUUCACUAAAAGUAGGGCUGCACUAGUCAGCCAGACAUCAAAUUAAAGAUAACUGGCCUAUGAUUAGAAAUGCAUUUUCGGGGAGGAUGAAUGAUGGCACAUUUUUAGUCUUACACAUAUCUAAUUUGCAAUAGAUUGAUAAAAUCCCCUAAAAACAUCCUGGACUCAAUUAACAUCAUGAUCUAGAAAGAAUUUUCUGUUGGGGGUUAAGCUAAUUUAAUUGGUCAACUAGAUUAUUACAGAUUAAUCUGCAAAACUGCUGAUAAGCCUGAUUGACUGCCGAUUAAUCUAUGCAGCCCUAUAUAAUUGCCUAAAAUAGUCAUUGUUGUAUUUGGCCUAACUUGAUUGUAUUACAGGUCAUUUGAACACAAUUUUAAUGUAUAAUAAUUUAGCAGGAAUCAAUGAACAGACCUUAUGUGGUUUAGUGUAGCUUCCUAAAUAAACUCCUAUAGGAAAUCUUGCAUUAGGCCUACAUCUUUCUGCCUGUAAAUAUCAACAAGAAUUAGAGUAUUGAUAAUUAUUCUUUUUUUUUAACUUUAUAGUUUUUCAAAAUUAUUAGUUGCUUGUCAUGUAAUGGAGUGCUUGAUUUUUUGACAUAGGUUUUAUUGUAUAUAUGCAACAUUUAACAUGUAAAUUUAAUUAAUUUAGAUAAAUGAAUUUUCUUAUAUGAUUAGUUGUAGCUGGGGAUUUUUCUUUUGUUUUUUUGGUUCUUAUUGUCAAUAUAAUACUCCCUUAGUUAUUUCAGUUGUUUUGCUUUCUCUUACAACCCACAGGCUGAAGUAAGGAAGGAAGUCAGUAAGCAACCCGAUGGUGCCUUAAAACCUUUACCAAGUAACACAUAUGAAGAUGCAUGGGAUCUCAAGAACAGCAUUCUGGAACUUAAAAUAAGGUUAUUCUCAACUCUAAGUCUAAGUUCUUGAUUAUGUGUUUUUUUUAUCAUUAAGAAAGCCCCCACCUGAAAGGUAUGUAUUAUUUUUAAAUGUGACACCACCCCCCCCCCCCCCCCCCCCCUCUUCUGAAGUCUGAGAAAAAAUUGCUUUAAACCCCUUUUAAACCACCUUAUACUAUUUCAGAGAAAUGCAACUCCAAGCUUCAGCCACCUAUGAGGAACCUUGGGACUCCAGCAAGCAACAAAAGCAUUUACAGGCCAAAUACCAAGCACAGAUAAGUGUGGGAGAAAAGCCCAACGAGAAGGAAGCUGUUGCAAGGCAUAAAUCAAUCUCUGAUGCUAAUGAUGCUGUUUGGGAAGGAACCGAGUCAAAGGCAGCAGUUGUAAGGGGAAGUAAGUCUAACAUAAAACAUUUUUAUUUCCCAAAAUUAGUUAUUGUUACUGAAAAUUAGCCUGAAAAUCUCAAAUGUCUUGUUUUCUUUGUAUGGCAAGAUACAAGUGAGAGUAGCUUAAUGGGAAAGGCAUAAAAAACAGGAAAGGUGUAGAAUUAGUUACAGCAUUGGUUCUGAGACUUGUUAUUACCGUACCCUUUAAAAGUGCCAAAGCAAGUCACGUUUCAUGCUCUGGAAAGUGCUUGGCAUUGACUGCAAUUUUAACUCAGCCAUUAUUAAAACUUAAAAAUUUAAGUAUAAUUUAACACUACAACUCUAAACACCCAAGUCAUGUAUUUUGUUCACCUCUCAAUAAAUUUAAUGGAGUUUUGUAUUGUCUUUCAUAAGGAUAAUUUGAAACCUCUAUUAAAAUUGUUUAUGGGUCCCUGUGUUUAAAUAUAGUUCAGAUGUGCAUGACAUGAUCUUAACAAAAGAAUUGAUUAAUUUUGACCUUUGUAUAUACGUUACAAAGAUUAUUGAAUUCCAUACUUCUGUGUUAUAAUCUUCAUGAUUGUUAAAGUGUGUGUUAUUUAUUUUUAUAUUUAUGUGCUUCAAUUUUUUAAAAUUUCUUUAUAAAGAGUAUCACAGUGUUGAUGAGUCUAGGAUAAAAUUAAAGAGCAGAUCCUCUAGCCUUGCACAGAGAAUAGAUCCCACAGUGCCACUGACCAAUCAAAAGUAAGUUUUAACACCUGAGACUGGAAUAUAAACUGGCUCUCAUUUUUCAGUUGAAAAUUAUGUUAUGUCUCGUUUUCCAGAGUUUCUGGGAAAUUCAUCUGAAGUGAUGCGAUAAGUUUUGAAGUGCAGAGCAUUGUGACCUGAGGUAGAGCAAAGCAUGUUUUCCAGUAGUAGUUCAGUCAUAGGCUAGGGACCAUGAUAGGCUAGGGAGUGCGUGGACGAUGUAAAGCGUUGGAUGACUUGCAACAAACUGAAGCUAAAUGAUGAUAAAACGGAAAUCCUUCUCAUCCACUCUCAAAACAAACCUCUCCCUCCAUUCGCUCCUUCUUCUAUAUCUAUUGGCAACUCUGAAAUCACACUCUCUCUGCCAGAAACCUUGGAGUCACGCUUACGGACACCCUCUCCAUGGACAAACAUGUCACGAAUAUAUGCAGAUCAGCAUAUAACGAAAUUAGAAAAAUCAGCACCAUUAGACACCUCCUCUCCUUUGAUGCCACAAAAACUCUCGUCUCUUCACUCAUUCUUUCAAAAUUUGACUACUGUAACAUUCUUCUCUCAGGCAUUCCUCAACACCACAUAGAAAAACUUCAGAAGGCACAGAACUCAGCAUGCAGACUCAUUUUUAAAUUAAAGAAACAUGACCACAUUCAACCACACAUGCGGCAACUCCACUGGCUUCCAAUAUCCUCUCGCAUCAAAUACAAGUCUUCCAAUCUUUGCUUCAACUCGUUCACUGACCCUCACUUUCCUGUCUAUCUCUCUGAACUGUUGCUUCCUUACAUCCCCACAAGACAACUACGUUCUUCCAUUGACAGUAGAACCCUCUCAAUCCCAAGAACUAAAACUAAGACCAUCGGUGAACGCUCCUUCUGCUUCCAUGGGCCCACGUUCUGGAACCAGCUCCCCUUCCAUAUACGUCAUAGUGAAACCUCGUCCAUUUUCAAAAAGUCCCUUAAAACUCAUCUGUUUAGGUCCGCCUAUGACCUGUGAUGCACCCUCCUUGCCCUACCUAAUUUUCUGUUUCGGUUUAAUCCUGAAGUGUCAAAGUGUCCUCUUUUUAUAGCCAUUUUCAUUGUUUCUAUAGAAUAGUAGUUACUAUCCUAGUGUCUCAUUUGUAUUUACUUAGUUUACAUGUUUUAAUAACUGUAAAGCGCUUAGAGCUUUAUGAUAAGCGCUAUAUAAAAAUGCCUAAAUAAAUAAAUAAAUAAAUGAUUACAGCUGCUGCUGAUGACUUUGAGAUGUUGACUUGUUUCAUUCCAGCAAUUUUAAGAUCUAUACCAGCGGUUCUCAACCUGUGGGUUGCGACCCCUUUUACUCUUACACAGGGGUUGCCUAAGACCAUCGGAAAAUACAUAUUUAUGAAGUAGCAAUGAAUAAUUUUAUGGUUGGGGUGUCACCACAACAUGAGGAACUGUAUUAAAGGGUCGUGACUUUGGGAAGGUUGAGGACCACUGAACUAUGCACUAGGGGAGAGGAAAUUAUCAAGCUCAAAAAAGAGUUUUUAAGAUACUGGAAAAUAAAGUAAGAGGUUUUUAAAUUAUGCAUUAUUUUCCCUUUUUGUAUUUUAACAUUUUAGCUUCUUUAUUACAGUUGGUAUCAUGGAAAUAUCAGUAGAGAUGAUGCAGAGAAAAUGCUAUGCGUUUGUAAAGAAGGAAGCUACAUUGUUCGCACAAGUUCAGAUAGGAAAUCAUACUCUCUUUCAAUAAAGUAAGAAUACUUUAAAAUUGAAAACUGUAAUUAUUUUUACAGAAUUUCUGAUUACUGCAGAUUUUUUAAUGAAACAUUGUUACUGGAACUGAUACUAAAGGGUAUUUGAAAUUUGGAAAGUCCAAUUACACUAUAGGCUCCUCUUAGUUGUCGUUGCACUCAAGUAUUUAAAAUUUAGAGGGAGCAUUUAUACAUUGCAAUCAUCGGUGGGUUCCAUACUUACCGCUUACAUACAAUCUGAGAGCAUCUGACUCAUAAAGCACAUUCUCACUAAUUUUUAAAUAGGCAAAGGUAUCAUUCAUUACCGUGUUUUAGAUUUUUUUCCCAUUAAAUUUCAUAUUGCCAAACAUAAAUUUCAGCUUCACCAGACUGUAUACUUGAUCUAUACUUUUCAGGAGUAGCAAACAAUAUAUCCAUGUCCAAAUAGAGCAGAUCAACAUGGAGGAUGGGAGCAUACGCUACAUUCUGGGCAAAAACAGCAAAGAAUUUUGUUCCAUCCCUGAGAUGAUAGACUACUAUACUCAGCACAGAGUGCCUUUGAAAGGCACGGAGCAUAUCUUUUUACUUCAUCCUGUAGAGUGUAAAUGGUCCUAAAAGAAGUUUAUACCAAUUUUAUUUGUUUAUAUAAGCACCACAGUCAGGAUUGGAAUUUAGACAAUUUUAAAAUAUUAUCUAUAAUCUUAAAUUGGAAUAUUUUAGACCAUUAUAAAAAUGAAAAAACCACAUCUGUUUCCUAAAUUAAUUAGCACUGUCCUCACACUUCACAGACAUAGACUUUGUUUAUGUCUUUUUAUUCUUUAUCCCCAAGGAGCUUUUCUAUGAUUUAUAUAUAUAUAUAUUUUUAAUAUUGCACUUAAGUGACUUAAUAAGCAAGUAUAUUCAUUUAUGUACCACAUAUUUGUUGUUUUUUUUGCUGUUCAAAACCAAAUGCUCAGUUCCUUAAAGCAUUUACUUUUGUUUUGUUUUUUUGUUUACUGUGGUUAACCACUCAUGUUUUGACAGAAACGUUUUUGAUUCCGAGACAGGGCCUGUUUUUUAAAAACUAAAUUCAUGUAACUUUUUACAGUUUAUGAAAAUAAAUAGUGGAAAAGAUAUGUUUGGGCUUGAAAAAAAGACAGGACACUUGCAUUUGUAAUUCCUGUCUUUUAUCAAGCCCAAACAUACAAUCCCUCAUAUUAUCCAUUACAGUUUAUUAGGCAUGUAUGCCUUACAAAAUGAAAGAUAUUAUUUGGCUAGUAUUUUAUUGAAGAAAGUUCCCCUGUGUGAAGCAGAGGAAAUUAUUUUACUAAUAGUAUUCUAUUAUUUAUUUCUUGAAUGAAUCUUGGUAAAAUGAAUGAGAAGCUUGUUGGAAAAUUUUAUUCUGUAUAUUUUAGCUUGAACUUAACUUAAAACCUAUGUUCUUUUGUUUUUUUUGCGUGUUUGUCAUUGGUGUGCAUGUCCAGGUGCCAAUCAAUUACUUUGAAGGCUAAUUAAUAAUUAUUGAUGUCAUUAUUGUCAAAUACUAUAAUUUCAUUUUUAAGCUUGAAGGUCAAAAUAUUCUGUUAAUUAUAUUAUUGUUACCAGUAUAUUAAUGUUAAUCUUGCCUUUCCAUUUGCUUAGCUAUGAAACGGAUUGUAAAUUAUGUUUUUAAUUGUGGUUAGUUUUGUUUUUAACAUCAAAAACAGUAAUCUGCAAUAGACUGUCAUAACAAAGAGAAAUGGUGAUCAUAAUGCAGGAAAUACGUAUCACAAGAAAAGGUUUUAAAGGUGUGCUUAUUUCCUUUUUAGCAAACCUGAUCACAGUUGUUCAACUUGUUUCUCCUCCUCCCUCCAUAUCUUUGACAUAAUGCAAACAAAUCUAACAUUCCCUUCUUGAAUAUUUUAUAUAACUAUAAACAGACAAAAAGUUACGUAGGUUCUAUAAAUAUCAGCAACAGUCAUCCUUCUAAACAAAAUUUUUUUUUUUUUUUCUUGCAUUACUUGUAUUCAAAAUUCAAUUGUAGUUUUCAUUGGAGCUUAUAAUUUUUGUCAGGGUGCUGAUUUUCAUUAUCUGAAUUUUAAAAUUGUAUUUUUAGAUAAAUAAAAAAAGGAUUAGUAUCAGCAUAUGAUGUCACAAUAUUAAUAUUUAAGUCAUUGGGGGUGAUUUGAUGCAUUUAAAAGUCUGGAUGAAAUGUACAAUAUUGUAAUUCAAUGUCUUUAAAGAACUUUUCUUUCCACUGAAGAAUUUCUUGUGCAAAAUGUCAAAUAUUGUAAUUCAAUCUUGUCUUUAUAGAAGAACCUUUCUUUCUACUGGAGAAUUUCUUGUGCAUGUAGAAGCUAUGGAGUUGUCCAAUUUCAUCAAAUUACACUAGAGGCUUCACUCGACCAUUUUUUUUUUUUUUUUCAGAAAUAAAAGAACUAAUUUUCAUUGAGUUUUGAUAUUUUCCUAAAUCAUAAACCACAUCAUUCCCUUUACAUUAUACAAAUCUAGUCAAUUGUCUUCCCUGGUAACAAAUGUGUGAGCUUUUAGUGAACUGUGGAUCAAUGUUAGCUGAAUGACAUGCUCUUGUGAUAUUUGGAUUUGUCUAAGCUUCAGUAAAUUGUGUUAAAUGUAUUAACUAUUUUUAAAAACCCAGUUUCAAUUAUAAUGCAUUGCUAGUUUCAUUUAGGGCAACAAUUAUGGUCAGUUCAAACUACUUUGUGCUGUCACAUGUACCUCUUUUUUUCUCUUCUAUUUGCUGCAUGCCUUAACACAUUUCUGAUUGUUUAAAUGAAAUGCCCAGCUUUAUAUUCAGCUUUUGCUGUAAAUUUGACUUGGAAAAAGCUGAGGUGGCCACAACACUUUUUUGUUAAUUAAACCAAAUGAAGAUUAUCCUCUUAAGAAAUUAUAACAUUUUUAUAAAACAUUUAGAUUGAAUUGGAAUCUUAUUUUUUAAAAAUUUAAAUUACAUUAUGGCUUAAUAUUGAAUUAACUGUUUUUUUUAUUACAUAUUAUUAGUUCUGUUUUCAAUUUUCUAAGUCAUAUAGAGGUUCCACAGAAAAUGUUUGCACUUUUUUUCAAUUCAAUAAUUUUUAAUUGACUCAUAUUGGUUUAUGGGGUACGACUGAUUAAAAGAAAAAUAUAAUUUUUGAGAAGAGAAAAAUUGAGGUUGUUCUUCUCUCAUACUAUUGGUCGAGGCCGUUGUUGGGCUUUAUAAAGCUAUGUAAACAUGGAUUGUGUGGCAAUACCAUGACUUGAAGAAGAAAUUAUUCAUAUUGAAAGUAUAUGAUUUUUAAAAAAAACAAAAACAUUAUUGGGUUUGUUUUAGAUCUACUCAAUUUACUGGAAUUAGAAACAUCAAACAGGAAUUAGGAACUACUCAGAAGUGGAAAAAGUAGUUGGUGUCCUGGCAAGUUACUCUAAUUUACAAAAAUGUACCUCCCAAAGACAUCAAAUUAUUAUGCUCUACACUUCAGCUAUUUAACUAUUGCUGUGCAGUUUAAAUGUGCAUUCUUCAACAAUUCUUGUAUACCUUAUAUUGCCUUUUAUUUUAACUGAUUUUUUUUUUAAAUUUGUACAAUAAACUUACAUAAUCACUG